CCCCUCAGUUUCUCUCUCUAAAGCCUUUCUCUCACCUAAUCUAUUCUUCUAUGUCACCAAGACGCAGACUCCGAUACUCGAUUUUGGUACUGGCCUUGGUUUUGGGUUUGCUUCGGACACUAUAAAACCAGUAACACAACAGUACCUAACUUUACUCUCUGUUUUAAUCCGCCAUGGCUGAGCGCGAAGGCUGUGAAACUGACCAACUCGGAAGCUCCAAGGCUACUGGAGGGCAGGAAGACGAUGAGGAAGAAGAGAUGGAAGAUUCGGAGGAUGAAUCAGAGGUUGAGUUGGAAGAUGGAGAAGGACGGGUCAGUGAGUCGCAAUCGGCUGAGUUGAGGGCGGUUUCGUCGGUUAAUGGAACUGCGGCGAGUGGGUCUCGUCCUGAAACCCUAGCGGCGCCUUCUGCGAUUCAGUCAUCGGAGAACGGUCGGUCUGAUGGUUUUCUUGUCAAUUCUGCUACGCAGUCGCUCCAAGGAGCUGAAUUGAAGCCGGUUCUAUCUUCCUGCAAUGAGCCUUUGGCUGUUGAAGCAGUCCAGACAGAUCAGGUGCAAGAACAAGGUGCAACUUGUAAAGGACCUGGUUCGGAUCAGUCGCCAACUUCAGUAACCCAGUCUAUCUCAUCCUCUGCAAGCCCAAGUUUAUCCGAACAUAAACUGUCACCCAAGAAGGUCCAUAAAGAAUGUCAGCCAGAACCGAGCCAGAAAAAUUCUUCCGACCGUAGAACUGUAUCUCCUGUUGUUAAUGUUAGGACACCUGCUUCUGAUGGUUACAAUUGGAGGAAAUAUGGUCAGAAGCAAGUGAAGAGUCCCAAGGGCUCACGUAGCUAUUACAAGUGUACAUAUUCUGAAUGCUGUGCUAAGAAGAUUGAAUGUUGUGAUCACUCAGGCCACGUAACAGAGAUUGUUUACAAGAGCCAACAUAGCCAUGAUCCACCCAGGAAGAUUAACAACCCAAAGGAAAGCAAGCUUGUACCAUAUGUUGAACCUGUGGUUAAAAAAAUCAUUGCAGAACAUUCCAGAAGAAUAAUUAGUGACUCAGAUCCUCCCACGCCUUCAAAAGAACCUUUACGGGAAACAGCUAUAGUCCUUGAAAGAAAACGACAGUACUCAAACGACUCUGAUGGAAAUGAAGAAUUUAAGGUCAAAGAUGAGAAUGUCAAUGAACCUGAGACAAAACUAAAAGUUAAGAAAAGCAGUGCCGGGUACUCAGGUUCUCCCUUAAAACCUGGAAAGAAACCAAAAUUUGUGGUGCAUGCUGCAGGCGAUGUGGGAAUCUCGGGUGAUGGAUAUAGAUGGCGCAAGUAUGGUCAAAAAAUGGUGAAAGGAAAUCCUCAUCCUAGGAACUACUACAGAUGUACCUCUGCUGGGUGUCCCGUCCGCAAGCACAUUGAAUCAGCUGUGGAAAAUCCAAACGCAGUGAUUAUAACAUACAAGGGAAUUCAUGACCAUGACACGCCCGUUCCAAAGAAACGACACGGUCCACCAAGCGCUCCUCUUGUAGCUGCUGCAGCUCCAGCCUCCAUGAACAAUAUGCAACCGAAAAAGACAGACGCUGUUCAGAGCCAAAUUUCUUCGACACAGUGGUCUGUGGAUGCUGAAGGAGAGCUGACUGGUGAGGCCUUGGACCUUGGAGGUGAGAAAGCCAUGGAAUCUGCUCGAACUCUUCUAAGCAUUGGAUUUGAAAUCAAGCCCUGCUGAACGAAACGCCUCCCAAGCAAUAACUGUGAGACUCUUUAUGAACAUGUAGCUGUCUCUCUAUGUGAAAUAUUUGAUUAGCAGGUUUGAUUAUUUUUCUACCAAUUUCCAUUUGUCUUUUUUUUUUCUUCCCCUUUUUUUUUGGCCUUUUCCUUAGCCAUUUAUGUAACAGUUGUGUAAAUUUGGUAUUUAUACACCUCCCUGAUUUGGUAAGGAGAUGAUUCGCACCGUUUUUGCUUACAUCUCUUACAGGGUCGGGUUCAAAUUCUGGUUUUCACUUUUUAGAAGAGACUAGUAGCAACUUAGCAGCUAUCUUGAGUUCUAUUUCCAAUUUAUUAAUGAGAGAACUAUUAUUUCGGAUUAA